GUGCAAAGGAUGCACAUGCAGGUCCCGAGACGGGACCUUGGAAGAGCUCCACCUCCGCAAGCUCCAUCGCGAUACAAGCACCGAGACUCUUCUACGCCCCCAUACGUUCUUGCCACAACGCAUACCCGAGCAAAACAUCUCAUCGGAACCUUCUUCGCACACUAUCAAAACUUGGACAUCGGCAGGCGAACAACGCGACAAGACUACAACUAAGCGACCUCAAAACACGCCCAAGCCUACCGACUGCGACUUGCUGCCUUGUUGACAUCCUACAAUAUGGCGCCCCUAACAGCGGCCUCUGACGACAAGACGCAUCAAGCGCUCCUGGACAAGCUAGACAUCUACGCGGUACCCAAGCCUUUCCGCAACCCCAACUGGAAGCCUCCACAACGCCGCAACAAGAACCUCAAGCAAAUCCUCGGUGAGGCAUCGCGUAAAGAAGCUUCAGUAAUGGCCACGCAGAACAACAGUGGCAACUCGACACCUGCCGUAGCGACUGAAGGCAACGCGGGCCGCCAACCCAACAUCGCCCAAGCAGCCCAGAGCCUGAGCACGCUGGUGCUGGAGAAGAACGGCAGGGCUGCUGCUGGGCCGGCGCCUACAUAUACCAACAUCGAGUCAGCCCCGAGCUUCCACCCGAGCAGUCAAAAGAAGUACUGCGACAUCACCGGUCUUCCUGCGCCAUACACCGACCCCAAGACGCGUCUACGCUAUCACAACAAGGAGGUCUUUGGAGGCAUCCGGACCAUGCCGCAGAAUGUAUCCGAGGGCUAUCUCGCCGCCAGAGGUGCACACACAAUCCUGAAGUGAGCAUUGUCUCGGUGCUGGCGUAGCUAUUGCUGCUCCAAAGUCGACAGAUCGGCAUGUGUCUUGCACGGGUGGCGCAUCGCUCAAUCAUCAAAUACACGACCACUCGUCCACUCGUUGAUAUGCGCGAAAUCAAGUAAGCUAACAACAUGCCUCUGAGCAUGGCGAGGAACACUGCUGAGAUAGGGUAUUACUCAAGGUUUAUGUAUGAUCAUCAAAGUCAAACUACUCUCCACCCACCACAUGCCUCUCGGCUUGUGGCUCAAGGAGGUGCUCCGGCUUAACCGUGAUCCAGUAUUCUUCUGCGCCCAUAAGACAGGAUACCAGGGCCUCGAGGGAGGAUUCCUAGUUACAGCAGCUUGAAGCAUGCUGUUGUCAGGGCGGGAUCUAUGUUGUAAUGAUAAUUCGAGUGUCUUGUAACUACAAGCGAACAAUGAAUCAAUUGCUCUUUGCUGUUGAACACCAGAAUUUUGUCCAGCUGUU